AUGUGGGAACUGAGGUCAGCCUCCUUCUGGAGGGCCAUAUUUGCUGAGUUCUUUGCCACCCUCUUCUAUGUCUUUUUUGGACUGGGGGCCUCACUGCGUUGGACCCCCGGACCCCUGCAUGUCCUGCAGGUGGCUCUGGCCUUUGGCCUGGCCCUGGCUACGCUGGUGCAGGCUGUGGGCCACAUCAGCGGAGCCCAUGUCAAUCCUGCAGUCACUUUCGCCUUCCUUGUGGGUUCCCAGAUGUCUCUGCUCCGGGCCUUCUGCUAUAUGGCAGCCCAACUCCUGGGAGCCGUGGCUGGGGCUGCUGUGCUGUACAGUGUCACCCCACCUGCCGUCCGAGGAAACCUAGCACUUAAUACGUUGCACCCUGGGGUGAGUGUGGGCCAGGCCACCACGGUGGAGAUCUUCCUGACGCUCCAGUUUGUGCUCUGCAUCUUUGCUACAUACGACGAGAGGCGCAAUGGCCGCCUGGGAUCUGUAGCCCUGGCUGUUGGCUUCUCCCUCACCCUGGGACACCUCUUUGGGAUCUAUUAUACUGGUGCAGGCAUGAACCCUGCCCGCUCCUUUGCUCCUGCCAUUCUCACCAGAAACUUCACCAACCACUGGGUAUACUGGGUGGGCCCAAUCAUUGGAGGGGGACUAGGCAGUCUCCUCUACGACUUUCUCCUCUUUCCCCGGCUCAAGAGUGUUUCUGAGAGACUGUCUAUUCUCAAGGGCGCCAGGCCCAGUGACUCCAAUGGACAACCAGAGGGCACUGGGGAACCUGUUGAACUGAAGACCCAGGCCCUGUGA